GGCGUGGGGCACCAAGUGCGGUGCGUACCGCGGCGGUGGGGAUGGCGGCCGGGGCGGAGAAGCCCGGCCCUGGCGCGGGGCGCUCGUGGGAAGAAGGGGCGCCGCACGAGUGAAGAGGGAGCCUCCUUUACAGAGCAGGCCGAGCCCGGCUGGGCGAGGAGCGCCGGUGCCGCCGCGGCAGAGCGGGGUUAGCAGUCGGGAGCAAUGGGCGACUGGAGCUUCCUGGGGCGGCUGCUGGAGAAUGCGCAGGAGCACUCUACAGUCAUUGGCAAGGUGUGGCUGACCGUCCUGUUCAUCUUCCGAAUUCUGGUGCUGGGGGCGGCAGCCGAGGAGGUGUGGGGUGAUGAGCAGUCGGACUUCACCUGCAACACACAGCAGCCAGGCUGUGAAAACGUCUGCUACGACCGUGCCUUCCCCAUCUCGCACAUUCGCUUCUGGGCGCUGCAAAUCAUCUUCGUGUCCACGCCCACCCUCAUCUAUCUGGGCCACGUGCUACACAUCGUGCGCAUGGAGGAGAAGAAGAAAGAGCGGGAGGAGGAGCUGCUGAGGAGAGACAACCCUCAGCACGGCCGUGGUCGGGAACCAAUGCGUACAGGGAGCCCGCGGGACCCGCCACUGCGCGAUGACCGUGGCAAGGUGCGCAUCGCAGGCGCGCUGCUGCGGACCUACGUCUUCAACAUCAUCUUCAAGACGCUCUUCGAAGUGGGGUUCAUCGCGGGCCAGUACUUUCUAUAUGGCUUCCAGCUGCAGCCGCUUUACCGCUGCGACCGCUGGCCCUGCCCCAACACCGUGGACUGCUUCAUCUCCAGGCCCACGGAGAAGACCAUCUUUGUUAUCUUCAUGUUGGCUGUGGCCUGUGCGUCACUGGUGCUCAACAUGCUAGAGAUUUACCACCUGGGCUGGAAGAAGCUCAAGCAGGGAGUUACCAACCACUUCAACCCAGAUGCCUCAGAAGUCAGGCACAAGCCCUUGGACCCCCUAUCCGCGGCCGCCAACUCUGGCCCUCCCAGCGUCUCCAUUGGGUUGCCACCUUAUUACACACACCCCGCCUGUCCCACAGUACAGGCAAAGGCCACAGGGUUUCCUGGGACCCCACUGCUACCAGCAGACUUCACAGUGGUGACCCUAAACGAUGCGCAAGGCAGAGGCCACCCGGUCAAGCACUGCAAUGGCCACCACCUGACGACAGAGCAGAACUGGGCCAGCCUAGGGGCAGAGCCGCAGACUCCAGCCAGCAAGCCCUCUUCUGCAGCCUCCAGUCCUCAUGGCCGCAAGGGGCUCACUGACAGCAGUGGCAGCAGCUUAGAGGAGAGUGCCUUGGUGGUGACACCAGAGGAGGGAGAGCAGGCUUUGGAGACCACAGUGGAGAUGCACUCCCCACCGUUGGUCCUCCUGGACCCAGAAAGGUCCAGCAAGUCCAGCAGCGGGCGAGCCAGACCAGGUGACUUGGCCAUCUAGCCACAGUCUCUCCAGAUACCUUUAUAAACCUUCUCUUUACCCCUUAGAAACCAAAACCAAACCAAAACAAAACAAAACAGAACCAAAAAGCAUUUCAAAUCAACAGGUAGAAAGAGAAAAAA